AGAGUGUACAUGAAAUACUUUUUCAGAACAAAGACUUUUUGUUACAGUGCUUCAGAAAUCAGUUUUUCAGUACAUGUGGAAGAAUGAGGCAACUUCCUUACCAGCAGGUGGCUUUUAAGAAAUGUAGCCCUGAUUAAAUUAGGUAUUACCUGGUCUUGCACGGUGAAGGAAAUUAUUUGGAGUUUGGUUCUGCAUCUUCCAUCCUUUUUGCUCUGGUGAUGAAAGACUGUUCACUUCUCGUUGCUCCUGUGCAGAACAGUGUUGUUUGGAUGACUCUUGGUCCUGUGCGUUUACUGAUGUUGAAACAGCAGAAUUAAUGAAACGUGCUGAAUUGUUCCUAACAUGAUGCUGGCAUUUUCCAAGUUGCUGCUGGUAGCAGAAAAAUGAACUAGUGGGAAAUCUCAGAUGUCUUUGGGCAAAGCAUUUUCACACACCUGAUGGAAACAGUUAAAUUACACAGAGAAGAGUUGUCUCUUCUUCUUCUUACAACAGUACCUUGAACAGGUACUGUAACAAAUGUUUCAUCCUGCACCUUCAAAAUCUUUACGUGUCUUAUACUGAAGCCUCUUUUGCACUGCAGCACUGAGUCACAAAUGCAGGCCUCAUGCAUUUCAAAGGAUUGAGAAUGUGCUUUCCAAAGGUGUGUGCUGCAGCUUCCAGUCAUGGCAGCCAGUUACCCCGGGUUCAUGAUGUAGGUUUGGUUUAAUCCUUGGCAUACUUGCCAACUUUUUGCUUUUUUAAAGCGAUCUGUACUUCAUUUUAGGAAGACAACACCUCGCACAGUUCUUUCCUUGUUUGUGUGUUUCGUGCAUCCUCUGUGAAGGACAUCAGAAAUGCCUUUCGAGCCUGGCUUUUCAGAAGAGUUAAGGUGUUAGAUCAUUUGCAGUUGGUGAAUUCAGCAUACAGAGUCUUCUAAUAAUUGUGCUUUUAAUUACUUUCUUUUUUGACUGCGCUACCUUUUCACAUUCCUGCAUGCAGAGCAGCUCACAUUCUGUGUCUGCAUGAGCCGUGCAUCAGCUUCAGGUGUUUCUGUAAAUGGGAGAGGAAAACAAUUGGUCUUUGUUAGAUUUUGGGUGUAAAGAGAAGUAGAAACCAGAGCAUAAAGACAUUGUACAUGCAUUGCCCAUCACUCCAGGUUUUUAUAGACUUUUAAGGAUUGUGCUGGGUCAUGUUUUGCGUACCCCAAGUUACACACGUGUGGUGAAUACAGGAGCUGUGUAUGUAUGGAGCCUUUUCAUCCAACUUCAGGUUUUCAAAAAAGAACAUUUUAAUCUUUUCCUUGGGCUGCCAGCAACUUCUGAGUUGGGACUUGGAGUUAAAAGGUCUGAUUAGUGUUACCAAAAAGAAUAGCGGUGGUUUCUAUCAAUUUUUGUAUGCCGUGUUUAUUGGGGAAAACUGGUAAUUGUGAAUAGGAUGAGAACAUUUUUCAUACUGCUUUGACACUUUUUGGAUAUUUUCUUACACCUUCCAUUUGUAAUAAAGUUUCUUUUUCUAAAAAAAAAAAAAAAAAGAAAGAAAUCUGUGUGCUCUUCUUCAUUCCGGGUAUCAACUGAAUUCAUUUUCCAGGCUGCUGGAAUUAUCUGUUACUCUCUUGAACCUUUGUAAGAAGCAAAGCAGAGCCUCCUCAUAUCAUCAUUGUCCUGUAAAAUAUAAGUUGCUCUUCAUUGGGUGCUCACUUUAAUCAUGUCUUGCUGUCUUUGCUUGGCCAUUCUUAUGGUCUGGAAGUCGAUGCCUCUCUCACUCACUCGCUGGCUUUUCUGAGUUAGUUCAUCCCCAGAUAAGUUGCGUGUACCUUCACAAUAGCCUGCCACACCUGAGAGGUCUUUCUGGUUUUGCAUCUCAGAAAUGUGCUGGUUUCUGAUUGUCAUUUAACAUACAAAAAAACCCCAACCCAAACCAACCAAACAAAAUCCUGAGAUGUUAUCUGUUGGGUUUUUUGUUGUUGUUGUUGUUUUGAAUUGUUUGCUUCCUUCUAACUCCAGAUAUACAAGUGUCCAGUGUUGGCUGGCCGAUGGUUAAAUGCAGUCUCACUAACUAGAAGGAACGGGUGAGAUGCAGCAUUUUCCUGGUAGGACUGCCUGAGUUGGACGAUACCUAAUGCCUGUAAGUACUAAAACAAAUGGGUGGUUUCUGUGAAUGGCAAACCAGCUGGGUCCUGUCCUCUGCUCUUAUUUGGUGGAAGGAGCUGUAGAAGUAGGUUCAUCAGCCUUGGUUCUGCAGUAUACAAAUCCAAAUAUGUUGGAAUUUUUAUCCUUUGCAAACUUAAUGGGAGGAGACUUCAGUUGUUUGCCCCACCAAACAGCUGUUCUUGUGCAGCCUGUGCUGUGUGGGUGAGGCAGAGCUGUCUUUAACAUUGUGAUGUUUUUGUCAUUCACGCCGAUGUGGAAGAAACUUCGUGGUAUCAGGUGUGUUUCUGCAGCAGCACCCGUGUAUUUCACUGUCUUGCCAGCAGGGAUCUCUCUGCUCUUGUGCUUCAUGAACAUAACAUGCCCGUUCAUUUUCUUCCCUCUGUCCUACCCAUCCUUCAACACUCAGUCAGGACAGGACUCACUGAGCUGGCUGCUUCAGAAUGGCUUUACCUAUAAAAUCAGGAGAGCAGCUUUCUUGCAAACCAAAGACCUGAUUCACCCUCAGUGCCAGCUACAGAGCUGCAGACAAUAAGUGGGUGUAUGAAGCAUCAAACUAAAGUAACAGGAACUGGGUCCUGCUUAGGCUGAGCUGCAUGUGGAUUGUGGUAUGAGAACACCUAGAAAACUGAGGUAGAAAUUGGACCACAAGAACUUAUUUUAAAUUAGGCUUGCAAUGUUGGUGUAAUAAUUUCAUUCAGAGCUAGGAGUAUGGUGUUAUUUUUGACUCCUGUUUUGAGUCCAUCUGGCUUCUUUAUCCCACACAGCAACGUGUUCCUAGUGGGGCAGAGCAACAUAAAUCCAAAGAAAUCUGGUGUGUGGUGAAGAAAACUGAUAAGGGAAUGCUUAAUCUGCUCCCUUGGUGGUGUAAGGAGAUUGUUGCUGCUGUUCCUUCUGCGUGCUUUGCCCAAUAUUUUUGUCUCAGACCUUUCAUUUCUGAUAAACUAAGCCAUGAAAUGUAAUACGCCAAUGAGUUCUAUGCUUCUCCAUGUCCAUGUCAGUCUGCUUUCUUAAUUUUCUUUAGUUCUGUGUCUACUUCAUGUAUUCUUAUAACUGCUAGGGUAGUUCCUUUCUCACUGAGAUUGCAUGUUGUUAGUACUGGUUGGGUAUAACACCUUUGGUUGUAACUAAGCCAAACACACACAGAGUAUUCCAAGUGUUUCUAAGUCAGCCAUAUUCACAGUUGGAUAUUGACAUGAGAAGGUUUGAUACUCUGGCCGUGUUCCUGUAUUUUGUAUUUAUUUUUUUGUCUUGUUUUCUUCCUAUGUCUCGAAAAUCCUUACACUUUCCCACUAGUUCCUGAAUAGUUUUGCUCUUUAUGAAGGUAGAAUCAUGAAGGCAGCAGCACCUCCAUGAUACUUCCACUCUAUUUCUGUUUCCAGAGGAGAAGCUCUUAGUCGUGGCAAUUCCAUUGCACAUCCUUUGCUUUCCAAAGAAAAUCAAAUCAUAUCAGUUUUUCCUUUUUAAUGUCGGCUGUUUACUUUUUGUUCUAGAUGAUGAUGAAACUCAUGUGCUCAGCUAAACUCAUUGAUAAAGGACAGACCUGCCUCACCUGGGGCGAAGAGCAAUCUGCUGUCAUGUUACACAAUUUAUCCAGAAUCCUUUGUGUGCAGGCAAAAAAAGGCAUUGAGCAGCUCUGUAUUCGCUCCCUGGUCCCAGUGCUGUGCAUCAGCCAUGCAGUUAGUGUGCCCAUCACUUGGAGCUGACAAGGCGUGUACUGAGUGAACCUGACAUUGUAAGCUAAAUAAGUCCAACUACAUGAUGAUUGAAGAUAAUAAAGAGAACAAAGACCAUGUGCCUGAAAGGGGAAGAACUGCCAUCAUUUUUUCCUUGAAGAAUGAAGUUGGAGGACUUGUAAAAGCUCUAAAACUCUUUCAGGAGAAGCACGUGAACCUGGUGCACAUCGAGUCACGGAAAUCCAAGAGACGAAAUUCAGAGUUUGAAAUCUUUGUUGACUGUGACAGUAAUAGGGAACAACUGAAUGAGAUCUUCCAGCUCCUCAAAUCUCACGUCAGCAUCGUCUCUAUGAACCCUGCGGAGCAUUUCAAUGGGCAGGAAGAUGACAUGGAGAAUAUUCCUUGGUAUCCAAAGAAGAUCUCAGAUUUGGAUAAGUGUGCAAACCGAGUGCUGAUGUACGGGUCCGAUUUGGAUGCUGACCACCCAGGUUUCAAAGACAAUGUCUAUCGUAAGAGGCGAAAGUAUUUUGCAGACCUGGCUAUGAACUACAAACAUGGUGACCCAAUUCCCAAGAUUGAAUUCACAGAGGAGGAGAUCAAGACUUGGGGGACUGUGUACCGAGAGCUUAACAAGCUUUACCCAACUCAUGCCUGCAGAGAGUACCUUAAAAACUUGCCCUUGCUCACCAAAUACUGUGGCUACAGGGAAGACAACAUCCCCCAGCUGGAAGACGUGUCCCGCUUCCUGAAAGAGCGCACAGGUUUCACCAUUCGCCCAGUUGCUGGGUAUCUGUCACCCAGAGACUUCUUGGCAGGAUUAGCAUUCAGAGUUUUUCACUGCACUCAGUAUGUUAGACACAGCUCGGACCCUCUCUACACACCAGAGCCCGAUACCUGCCAUGAGCUCCUAGGCCAUGUCCCUCUUUUGGCUGAACCCAGUUUUGCUCAGUUCUCCCAGGAAAUUGGUCUUGCAUCACUUGGGGCAUCAGAUGAGGCUGUCCAAAAACUGGCAACGUGCUACUUUUUCACAGUAGAGUUUGGCCUGUGCAAGCAGGAGGGACAGCUAAGAGUUUAUGGGGCUGGUUUGCUCUCUUCUAUUAGUGAGCUCAAGCACUCACUCUCUGGCAGCGCCAAAGUCAAGCCUUUCGAUCCAAAGGUCACCUGCAAGCAAGAAUGUCUCAUUACAACCUUCCAGGAGGUUUACUUUGUUUCUGAAAGUUUUGAAGAAGCAAAGGAAAAGAUGAGAGAGUUUGCAAAAACCAUCAAACGUCCAUUUGGUGUGAAGUACAAUCCAUAUACUCAAAGCGUGCAGAUCCUGAAAGACACCAAGAGCAUUGCCAGCGUGGUGAACGAGCUCCGUCAUGAGCUGGACAUUGUCAGCGAUGCCCUCAGCAAGAUGGGCAAGCAGCUGGAAGUUUAACGUUCCCAUCAUCUGUGUUGUGUGCUCAGCAACUCUUUUCUUUUCCCCACUUGUCUCUUUCUAGGCAUGUAACGUCUUGUAUGCAGAACUUUCCUUUACUAAUGGAAGAGUGGAUAGCCCAUAAAGAUAAUCACCUUAACUCACUUUAACUUAUUUUUCUGUUUAAAGUCCCCUACAGAAUGUAUUUCCUUCACCUCCAUUCCCUGAGGAUAAACAAGUCCUGGAGCUGCCUUAGAGAAGUGAGCAAAGAAAUAGAGAAAUCACUAGGCUGGAGCAAAACUGUGGUCAGGGCUCGGAUCAGAUGCUUCAGCGAGUGGCUUAUGAGGCAGCUGUAGAAUAAUUUGGCACAGGGAAAUGUCUUUCUGAUGCUAGUGGUCUGUGCUGCUAAUUUCACAAUAGUGUAGACUUCAUAGCAUAGAAGCUAUAGGACUAUAGUAAUCGGUGCUUCUGAGUCUGUGCUAUUAUAGAAAUAUUUAAUGUUUAAGUAUUUAGGUUUAGAACUCAAAUGAUUACACCCCCGGGUACCAGGACACAAAUAUAUGAAGUUAAUUUAUGUGUGUUGAGGGUGUAAUAAAUGGAAGAUUUCUGAAGCGUAGGGUAUAUUUAAUAGCACCCUGCUUCUCUGUAUGUGGUUCUUACCAGAGAAUCCAGUUGCAAAGGUGCAUUUUUACACUAUUAACCACACAUACCUUCUGUUUCCACCCCUCCUGGCUGGGUAGAGCAUUCAUUAUAUGCAUGUUUAUACUGUCGUGAAGGCUUUAAGUGUCAAUGAAAUAAACCUGUACCGUCCUGCUGGUAAUUGGUAGAAGCAGGUAAACCUUUCCUUCGUCACUUCAGCAAUAAACACAGCCCACUCCGACUGA